CCUGCCACAUCCCCAUCCCCAUCCCCUUCUCUUCUUCGCGGAUGCGCCCGCCCAUGCCGCCAGUGACCCUCACCAUCGGAGCCCUCUCCCACGUCGUCGUCGGACGUCGGAGGGAGUUGUGGCUUUGGCUAGGCUAGGGUCGUUGCCGAGGCAUGGAGGCGCCCCAGUUACCCAUCUCACCGCCUCAGUGAUGGAGAGGUGCGAUAUGGAUGUGGGGAGGAGCGGGCAUGGUGCAGUGGCCGGAGGAGGCGUUGGCAUGGCGGCGGCGGCGGGAGCGGUUGGAGGCGACCGCGGGCAUCCAGUCGUCAGUCGUCACGGCAGGGGGCGAUGUGGCUGCUCAAGGUCCGGUUCAUCAUGGAAGUCACGGAGUCCUUGCCUCAUUGGACAUGUUCCCUCUCAUGGCGAGCCUCAGUGGCCUGUGGCCGCCAGUGUACCCGCUCGGUGCCUGACGGUGCGAGGGCGGCCUUGUGCACUGAUAUGGCAUUGCCAAUCAUCUGAACUAUUGCUUGUGAAUAUUGCGGGCAGUGCCAAUAUUCAUGCACUUGAAAAACCUCGGACGGUGAAGAACAUGGCAUUCUUGAUAUAAUGGUAGGAAGUAUGUAAAUAAUGUUUUUUGUAGUAACAGUGUGACACUGACAAAGCUUAUGCAUGAGCUAGAGUUUCAUUGUACAUUACUUUGCAGGUUUCAAGCCUUUUGAUGGAAGCUCCUGUAUCUUCCUAGCAAGGCUGAUGGACUCUGGUGCAUGGUGAAUGUUGCCCAGCCCUAGACCUUAAGUUUUGCAUAAAUACAUCAUCUGGGCUAAUUAAUUUAUAUGAAAACAAAUCAGUAGUGAUUUUGCCAAAUAUAUGGGUUAUUUUGAUGACAGUUUGCUUCUCUCCCUAGCUGAUCAAAUAAACAAUUUUAAUCUCAUUGAACAACUAGAUGAAUUGAGGUGCUAAUUAAAUUAAUAUGCCCCACCAAUUUAUUAGGUUCUAACUGAAUUAAUAUGCUCUCACAGGUUUACUAGGUGAUAACUAAAACAAUCAUUCUUUGGCUGACAUUUGAAGUAAGAUUAAAAACAACCUAUAAAACAAACUGGAGAGGGUACACAUCAGAUGGAUCCCUCCAAUGGAGAAUGAACUGAAGAUUAAUAUUGAUGGCGCUUUCCACCCUGAACCAAACACUGGUGGUUGGGGGAGAGGUAAAAGUAUGUGGAGCAGGGAGAUUGGAGAAUAUUAUUAAUCCCUUACAUGCCGAGAUCAGGCUGUUAUACGGGGUGCCUAGCUAGGAAUGGAUAAAGGAGUGAGAGCCAUUGGCCUUGAAACAUAUUCAGUGUUGUUGAAGCAAGAGUUAAACAAUGAUGAAUGUGGUCUCUAUGCUGUCUACCUAGGCUUAGAGGAGCUCAAGAAAUAUCUAAAGCAAAACUUUGAAGUGUGUCGUUUUACUUCUGCUAGGAGGAACUGUAAUAAAGUAGGCCAU